GAUUACAAUGUCGAAUUAAAUUAUAAAUAUUUCAUUAUUGUUUAUUUGUAUAAACAUUAAACAUCAAAUAGUACAGUAAAAAUUUAAGUAUUUUAUAUUUGAUUUUUAAGUAGUAUUAAAUAUUAGAAAUUUAUAAUUAUUAAAAUUACUUUAUUAGUAUUACCUACCUACCAAUGUUUGUUAUUAUCAUAGUAUAAUGUCCCAAAAUUUAGAAGUUAUAGAUUGUUCUGAUGAUGAAAAUUAUGGAUUUAAAAAAAAUCAGGUAAACGAGUGGUAUCCAGAACCAUUGGAAAUAUAUAAUUUAUAUAAAUCAUUAGAAUCUGGAAAUCCAUCAUCAUUAAAGUUAGAGUGGACAUGUCCUGGACGAAGAGAGCUCACACCUGAAAGUAGUCGAGCUUCUCCAAAAAUUAAAAUUGAAGAGUGUGAAAUUUCCGAGUCAAUGGAUCAGUCCGAUUUUGAUUUUGAAGAUGAAAUGUCCAACAUGAAUUUAACUCGUUUGGAUUGCAAAAAAGAAUUAAAAGGAAGUGCUAAGAAGAAGACGACUAGUCUAGAUGCAGUUCUAUCAAACAUGGCUAGACAUCAAAAGUUGGAUAAUAUGCUUGAUGAAAAAUUUGAUUCAUUAUAAUUAUAAUAGUUAUUAUAGAUGAUAUAUAGUAGAUCAAUAUUCUAAGAGCAAUGGAACACAAAAUAGUUUCAUCAACCAAAAGCCGCUUGGGAUGUUCUGUAUGUCUCAAAACAAAGCCAUUUGUUGAUAAAAAAUUGAAGUCAUCUGAUAGUG